GGCCACAGAUGUAAGAGGAGCUUAUGCGCUUGGGCCGCAGAAUGAACUCUACACGAGACUCGAGAAAGCUAGGUCCCUCCUUUCGGCGCCAACAGUCCAGUUGGACGAAAGAACGAAGGCGUUUACCCUUUCUGCUGCUGGCAUGAAACUCGUUACAGAAGUUCCUUCUGUCAUUCGAGCACGUGGCGAUUAUGCUGCUCACCCGAGGAAGAUAAUUCGUGGAGUAUUUCAACAAACAGUCGAUCGGCACCGGGGGGGGGAAGGUUUGCAGGCCAUUGUUGAUUUUGUUUGUGACGAUUAGCUUUUUCAUGCUGUCCCCAUCUGUUUUCGUAUAUGCACAUUUCUCAUGUAUAAUUAACCGUACUACAGGUCGAAGGCUUUCGUCUUGAUGUUGUAACCCGAUGAAACCCAUAGCUCAAACUUAUCGAACAGUUAUGAAAUGUGAUAGUUUGCAUACAGUAAACUUUCUUAUACAUAGC